AUGACAGUUUGGUGUGAAGUUAUGCAAAUCUCUGCUUCUGAUCUGGCUGUUGUUCUCAGACAACAUUCUCAAAAUACUUUAAUUGUCGAUUGUAGAGGCUUUGCUGAUUAUAAUUUCUGUCAUAUCAAACAUGCAAUUAAUUCAUUUUUCGCAAAAAUUAUGCGCAAAAGACUAUUGGAAAAUAAGGUUGAUCAACGUUGUUUACUCGAACAGUUAGCUGGACCAUCUUGUAGACCAUUGGAUAAUAUUAUGGAUGUCAUCUUGUAUGGUGAAGAACAGGAAAAAGUCUCAAGGCUUUGCCCUAAGCGAAGGAUUGGAUCAUGUAACUUGGCCGAAUCUAGUAGUAAAUUGCUUCAUGUGCUGAGAGAUGAACUUGUUAAAACAGGAAAAUUCCAAAAAAUUCUUAUUUUAGAAAAAGGAUUUGGAAACUUUCAAAAAGCAUUCCCACAACAUUGCGAAGGCAGUAGCGGAGGUAUGAGCCGGCUGCCAGCCUCCGUAUCCCAACCAUGUCUAUCACAAGUUCAAAAUGAAGGACCAACUCAAAUUUUGCCUUUCCUCUUCCUGGGCAGUCAACAGGACGCUUUAGAUGAAGAAUCAAUAAGGAAGCACAAAAUCACCCAUGUACUUAAUCUCUCAAUAGCUUGCCCAAGGGCAGCUUCAAUAAUUCUUGAGGAAAAUUUCAUGAGAAUCCCAGUAAAUGAUAAUUAUCAGGAGAAGCUCUCUCCAUUCUUUGAUGAAGCCUAUAACUUCUUAGAACGAGUCCGCAAAAGUAAAGCCAAUGUUCUAAUUCAUUGCCUUGCCGGAAUAUCUAGAAGCCCGACAGUUGCCAUUUCCUAUAUUAUGAAACAUAAGAGGAUGAGCUCUGAUGAAGCUUAUAGGUUUGUAAAGGAAAGAAGACCAACGAUAUCGCCGAAUUUCAAUUUCAUGGGCCAGUUAUUAGAAUAUGAGCAGCAAUUGGUUAAAACUAAACUUUUACCGGAAAAACAAACGCCGAACUGUACGAGAGAGGCAGCUAAGGUUAAUAUUACUUCAUCGUGUUCCGUGAAAGUUCCUAAGUCUGCUUCAAGUCAUUGUGUAUUUAUACAAAAGCCUUGCGAUCCCUCUACUCCAUCAGGUCUCCUGAAUGAAAAUGGAAAGAGAAAUUUCGAAACUUUGGAGAACUGUCCGACGCCGGAUAGGCCUCGAGCUCUGCUGCUUGGGUCUUUCAGGCCUCGCAGAUUCGGAGAGGAAUUAUCAUCACCGUCAUCAGAGCUUUCAAAAUUACGAUUUGAUUGUUCUGAUGCUGUUCCGACUGCAGCUUCUGAAUUUCCUACAUCACUUACAAAUCCAUGCUUCUUAUCCCCUACUUCUCCACAACCAGAAGAAUCUAAGAAAGACAAAGAGAGUAAAAGCAGCAGUAAGCAUACGUGUUUGAAUCUUCUUGCUCCAUUCCUUAUGAAGGAUUCCAUUCAUCGUCCUCGCUUACCGUAUAGCUCUGGGAUCUUGAAAACAUCUGAACGGAAAGCUAGUCAGACCAAUCAGUCUGCUGGUCGUUUGUCUACAACCACAGAAGAAUCAGAGCCUGAUGCCGGUUUCCAAGACGGCUUCAGACCUCUAUCCCCUGAUGAACAAGAUCGUUUAUCCUUGAGUUCGCAGAGCUCUGUAGAAAUUGCAGUUUCCUAA